GUAGUGCGCGCUUCGGAUACGUGACGGACGUCCUUCAGGCAGAUCGGAGCUAAGGGAGGAAAUCGACAGCGGGAAGACGGUGCGGAAGAGGACUCGCUCAUUAAUGCGUUAAGGCAGAAGAUAUGCGACUCUACGCUGUUGCUCUGGUCAUAUGGGCGGCAACAAUAACAGCAUUCUCGGAACCCAACGUCGGAAAUUUGAGUGAGGAGAAGGCUGUCGAUUACACAGAGCCUCAUGAUUUGCCGGAGAAGCAAAUAGCGCGGUUUUACGUGACGGGCACAGAAGCGAGGAGUUCCGGGCAAACGGAUACCGGUGAUCAUCCUGAUGCCGGUUCGAGCGGAUGGGCGGCUCGCGCCGACGAGAAAGACUCGAAUGGCGUUUCUGCGAGCGAUUCUUCCACGCCGGAACCGAUCUAUGCCACGCCGCUCGCUGAAACGAUCGAUGAGUAUCCGUUUAAAGAGCUAAGUCGCGAGUCCGGAUAUACCGUGCCCGAAGAGAUCCUUCUCGUCGAAAAUGCCGGCAGUUUUGGACAGAGGCUGCGGCAGGAUCAUCCGAGCGGUAGAACGAUUGUCGGGAAUACUGUACGAACUGUCAGCGACGAUCGAAAGGACGACGAUUACGCGAGUAUCCGGAAGUCCUUCAGCAACACCGCGUCGCCGCUCGAAGACGAGAGCGAUCGAGCUUACGCAUCGGUCACAUCGGAACCUUACGUGUUUGCGUUGAAGAAAGGGAGCGAUUCGGCAGACGAUCUUCCACCUUCCAACAACUCCGAGGUGAUCGAAUCCAAAGCGUCCAGUACGGAGGAAAUUUUCCACGUCGAAACCGCGACGGAAAUAUCUUCGACACCAGCUGAAAUCGAUGUUACUUCGAUUCUAGGCGAGAAUGAUGUCGUGCCAGAGGAUCAUCAGACACCAAGAGCGAGAUUGUCCCGAGCGUACAAUGAUACCGCGAACGAAGCCACGGAGAAACCUAUGGAAUCUGAGAAGAGCGUCGUGCGAGUAUCAUCGUCCACAUCUGUGGAAAUCAGUCCGUCAUUGCAACCGGUGAAAUUCUCAGGUCCCAUCGUAGUACCUGAUCUGACUGACAGAGAGACUUCGGAGAUGACGGUUGAUUAUCUCGACGACAGCGAGGCCGGAGCGUUCAGGUCGGUUGAGAACGUCGAAAUUACGGGAAGCUACGCCGAAGGCUCCAGACCCGCGGCUUCCAACGGCAUAAAAACUUCCUCUAUCAUGCUGAACCCGCUGCAGGUCGGCAUCGCUCUGGUGAACGCCGGUGAGAUAGGUUCGAUGGACGACAGCGAGCAAUCCGCCGCGACGAACACCAAGGACUACCUCCAGGAUUACCUCCAGGACGACCUACAGCGUUUGUCGACGGUAGAUAAAAAAUUCGUCGAGAGCGACAUCGAAAAUCGAUCGCGCGUGGAUUAUAAGGAUGAGAGUUUUCAACGCGAGAGAGAGGGAGAGAGGUCAUCGAUUGAGGCCAUCACGCAAAAGGUACCCGAGAAUUCCGUCGAGAUUCAAAAGUCCGUCGAACUUUACCACACCGCACCGGUGCACGAGAUCCAUUAUCCUCCGAUAUACAUCCAGCAGACCUCGAACCUUGGCGUCAUCGAGACGAACAAUAUCGGGAGAUCGAACCAGCCGUAUGGUCAGGAUGAGCAAUCAGAAUCACGAUCGAAUUACAAUGUUUAUCGAGGUAACGAACAGAGUGUCGAAAGGAGUGUCAUUAAACCGCACGCGUCCGAGCAGAAACUCACCCGACACCAAUACAACGCUCUCGAGGAUGACCACGGUAAACCGACGGCCUCGUCCGUGAUCGCUGAGUACACCUCGAGCCCCGAGCAAGCACCCGUCGAGUAUCAACCGUACAAGUACAACGAUGUGCAGCCGGUCCUGCUGGUACCAAAUCAGUUCGACGACACGUCGUAUGAUCAGUCCAACGUGCGACAUAGCUUUAAGGAUAACGGCAACGCGUCACCGCACGCCGUAAAGUUCCUCACCUAUGCAGGUACCACGAGGCAGGAAUCAGCGAGCGAGACGUAUCGAUCCGAGCAACAGCAGCAGCAGCAGCAGCCGCCGCAGCUGCCGCAAUCAAGUCAGCAACCGGCAAUCGAUCACCAGUUCCGAACGCCGUACGUGAGACGACCGGAAGAGACGCAGCUCCUUCUUAAGAUCAUUCCCGAUGGCUCGUCCGCGAAGGACGCCUUCGUGGUUCCGAUUCCACGGCCCUACCCAACGAUCGAGAAGAUUAUCGAGAAGACGGUUCACGUGCCGCACCCGAUCGAGAUCGAGAAGGUAAUCGAGAGAAAAGUGCCGUUCCCAGUAGAACGGGUGGUCGAGAAGCGGCUGCAGGUGCCAGUGCCGGUGGCGGUUCCGCAGCUGUAUCCCGUGCACGUGCAAAUGCCGAUGGUCGAGAAGCAGAUACGCGUGCCGCAUAUCUAUCCGAUCCACGUCGAGCGGCUGAUCGAGAGGAGAGUGCCGUACGCGGUCCAGCGGCUGCUGGUGCAGCCUGCUCCGUAUCCGUCGCUGCAACUACGAUUACCGGAGAAGCCGACGGAGAAGCCGAUAGCGACACCCGCGCGUCUAUCACCCGCCUCCCGGCCGUAUCGCACGGACGCGGAGAGACCGGUCGACAGCGGCGGCUCGAGCGAUACGAGCAAGCUCAACGAUAUUCAAUCCAAGCAUCGACAAAAGGCCUCCGCGACUCCUCGCGGAAGCGGCGAUUCCGCCGCGUUCGAGCCGCAGAGCGAGACGAAUGCGUCGCAGUUGUCACACAGCAUCCCUCCUUACGGCCGACCGUUGAUGUACGAUUACAAUAUCGAUGUCGGCAAGGGCUACGUGCCCUUCACCGAUGUCAAACUGAUGAUACUGCCGAGGAAAUACAAUAGCCACGUGGUGCUGCGGCCACAGGCAGUCUCAUCGUCGACGUACGCGGCGGUACCCUUCCGACAGCAGAUUGUGUACAAUUUGGUAGAGAGACCCAAGGCGAGCAAGGACGACGAGUACCUGGGUCCCGCGCCUCCGCGCAUAAAUUUUAAUUUGUCAUCUCAAUGCAGUUUGCAACCCUCGGCGACUACCACCGCUCUGAGGAGGUCCAGGCAGCCGGAAACGCAAGUCUAUCCCGGAAGUUUCAGACAGUCGAAGAUGGAGUAUGGCUUCAAGCCGCCUAUGGUACCGUCCGUACAAUACGAUGAGUUGACCGCCACUCAAGUGGAGAAUUAACGCGAUCGUUUAUGAUAGCACGAUUUAAAUAGUAGACAUGUAACAAAGCGUUUAAAGGGCGUUAUGUAUUAGAUAUCUAAAGGAAAAAGAAAUAUUUUAGAUGUCUUGCGUUAUUCGGAUUUAUAAAAAAAAUGAAAACUGAUGAAUCGACACAGAAGGAUUAAUUUACAAUUCUUCGUUCGUAACAAAAAAGAUUCGCUUUGUAAUGCAAAUUUUAUCAUUUUAUUUUGUAUGUAUUUAUUGGAAAUUUGCGUUUUCUAAUUUAUCUUGAUUUUAAUAGUGAUCUAAAUUGUUUUUUUAUAGUUUAUAUUA